UCUUUUCAACAUGGCGGCUCUCAGGGUGCAACGUUUUGUUUUGGUGUAAAACAUCUAGGAUUAACGUAACAUUUGAAGCACCUGGUAGCCACCUGGUUAUCAGAAAGCAUCACGAUACCGUCAGUAUUAUCCUGUCUUUGAAGCUAAUCGAUUCCCUCGACUAUCUGGGAGAUGUAUCGUCGCGGAGCUGCAAAGAAAGACAGCAAGCCGGUGAAGAAGGAUGUGAGUGACAGCGAUAAAUACGCCGAUCUCUUGGUUUUCGGCUAUGCUUGCAAACUCUUCCGAGACGACGAAAGGGGUCUUUACCACGAACACGGAAAGCAUCUUAUCCCAUGGAUGGGGGACAAGAGCAUCAUGAUUGAUAGAUAUGAUGGGCGUGGUCACUUACAUGACCUUUCAGAGUAUGACAGCGGGUCAUGGAAUACAUCCUACCAGCUGUCGGAGGAAGAGGCCAGGAUCGAGGCGCUCUGCGACGAGGAGAGGUACCUGGCACUACACACUGACCUGCUGGAAGAGGAAGCUAGACAAGAGGAAGAGUACAAACGUCUGAGUGAGGCUCUGGCCGAUGAAGGCUCUUACAAUGCAGUGGCUUUCAAAUACAGCGCUGACUACUAUGACCCCUCUCAGCCCACUGAGGAGGAGGAUGCUAACAAGGAACCUGAGGAGUCAGAGCCUGAAGAGAGUGAAGAACCAUUCGUUGCACCCCCAGGGCUUUCUAUCCCUCCUGAUGUGGAAUUGCCGGCAACCAUCAAGACCCACAACAUCAUUGAGAAGACGGCCAACUUUGUAUGUCAGCAGGGGGCUCAGUUUGAGAUUGUGCUGAAGGCUAAGCAGGCUGGUAACUCCCAGUUUGACUUUCUUCGAUUUGACCAUUACCUGAACCCUUAUUACAAAUACAUCCUGCGGUCCAUGAAAGAAGGUCGAUACAAUGUUGCCUCCGACAGCAAGCAAGAGCAGUCACAGGAAUCUGAUUCUGAUGAUUCAGAUGUGGACGGAGAUGGGAGCUACCUCCAUCCCAGCCUCUUCGCCCCUAAAAAGUGCUCUCGUCUGGAGGAGCUAAUGAAGCCUCUUAAGGUAAUGGACCCAGAUCACCCCCUGGCAGCACUAAUUCAGAAAGCCCAACAAGAAAGAAAUGGGACAGCAGCAGCAGCAGCAGCAGCAGCAACGGCAGCAGCAGCAGUAGCAACAAACCCAGAGGAAGCUCCAGCUAGUCUACCAACACAGUACAGUGCUGACCCAGUGUACUAUGGAUACUACAUGCUACCAGAUGGAUCGUUCUGCUUAGCUCCGCCUCCCCCAGGUAUAGAUGCCACCUCAUACUAUAACAAUAUGACCUCAACUGUCAUGGCGCCACCUGCUUCAACCGAGGUAUUGGCUAAUUUGGGAUCUGCACCUACCCCUGCUGAAACUGUCACAGUAGCAUCACCAGCUACAGCCCCCACUCAGGCCUCUGUUCCUCCAGCAAGUGUACCAGAAACCAGCUCAAAAGCUGAACUUCCAGUUUCUGCACCAGCUGCACCAGCCAUCAUUCCCCCACCACCUGACAUCCAGCCAGUCAUAGACAAGCUGGCUGAGUAUGUUGCAAGGAACGGUCUGAAGUUUGAGGCGAGUGUCCGUGCCAAGAAUGAUCCCCGGUUUGAAUUUCUGCAGUCUUGGCAUCAGUACAACACCUAUUACGAAUUUAAGAAGAAAUACUUCAUGCAAAAGGAAGGAAAAGGCUUGCCAGAGAGUGAAACAGUAGGUGAUUCUAAUAAGCUUCAAUCAGACAUGGCAGCCAAGGAAUCCAAGCUGACAAAAGCCUCUUUUGCGCCCAUCUCUUUUGCCAUCAAGGCAAAGGAAAAUGACAUGCUGCCACUGGAGAAGAACAGAGUUCGACUGGACGAUGACUCAGAUGAGGACAAGUUGUUAGAAGAGGUGGGACUAGAAGCUGUGAUGGGUGGAGCUGAGUUGGUUGACAAGGAGCCUCCUCCAGUUAUUGUGCCGGAAGAGAAGAAACCCACCCUCAGUUUGGAGGAGUUGGAAGCAAAGCAAGCUAAGCAGAAACUGGAGGAUCGCCUUGCAGCUGCAGCCAGGGAGAAGCUGGCCCAGGCAUCUAAAGAGUCCAAGGAGAAACAGCUACAGGCAGAGAGGAAGAGGAAGGCUGCACUCUUCCUACAGACUCUCCGCAACCCAUUCACUGGAGAGCCUGAGGCCAAGAGAGCUGAGCUAGAUGCAUGUGCACAACUUGAGCUGCAAGAAGUUUUUUCUGCUUUCACCGAUCCUGCACCUCCUCAAAUAUCCCCUGCACCACCUGCUUAUCCUCAGGAUCCAAGACUGUCUGUAGAGAACCAUGGAGCCCACCACAGCAGGGAGGCCCCGUCCUGCUCAUCGUCUUUAUCCUCCUCUUACAUUACCUCCUCCAAAGGUCCAGAACGAGUCAGAGAUCGUGACAAAGAGAGAGAUCGCGAUAGAGAGAGAGAGCGUCAUAGAGAGAGAGACAGAGAUAGAGACAGAGACAGACAGAGAGAUCGAGACAGACAGAGAGACAGACAGAGAGACCGAGACAGGGAUAGGAACAAAGGGAGGGACAAAGACAAAAAGAAGAAAAAACACAAGAGGAGGUCAAGAUCAAGGUCAAGUUCGAGAUCAAAGAGCAAACAUUCCCUUCCCAGUGCCUACAGGAGAUCCCGCAGGUCCAGAUCCCGUUCACACUCCCCAGGGAGAAGGGACAGAAGGGGCAACUCAUCAGAAAGGAGACGCGAGGAUGAAGAGCGGGAACAGCAUUAUCCCAGCAGCAGCUCCAGCUUGCCCAGGGGGCAUUCAAGAUCCAGGUCUCCUGCUGAACAAAGGAGGAGCUCCUUGUCAUCCUCAGGACAGAUGCAGGCUGUAGCCUCCUCGGUCUCACCAUUUUCUUCACCUGGCAGAGUUUUGUCUCCAUCAGCUAGCCCUGCCUCCAGCCUAGCCCACUCAAGGGGUGGUUCUCUGGAGAAAGACAGGGCAGUGUCCUCAUCCAUAGUAUCCUCUGUUCAGUCUAAAAUAACUCAGGAUCUGAUGGCCAAAGUGCGAGCCAUGCUUGCCACCUCCAAGACUUUUCAGCCUCCUGAUUCUUAAAAAGGACGUCCCUUUCUUCUGGCCGUGACAACUUCUGCCUUUCAGCGAGUGGUAUGCUCCGAUCUCCUGGAGAUUUAGCUGGCCCGCAGUUGUUUCGGCUCCCUCUGUUUAUCCACGAUUUAUCAGUUCAUUGAGAUUUGAGCAUCGACAGUUUCCGUUUGACUACGUUACGUCUUCUGUUGAGUUGUAAGAGUGAAGUAUGCUGAAGUGAAGCUUAAGGUCUUCACACCUGAUCUCAGAAAACACCUCAUAAGACAGGAGAUUAAGUCAGUUAUGUUUGGUGCAGGGAGAAUCAAAUGUGGAAAUAAUCCAUAUGAUUGUUCGCCUCCUGUUUUAAGAUACUUUUCUCCUACGGGCCACUCUUUGCAGCAUCAGCUGCAGGAAAUCUGAAAGCUCUCCUUCUAUGAAGGCUUAUGUUUUUGAUAAUUUAAUUUUUCUCCUUCACCGUUUUCUUCUGCUGUUUUCUUCCCUCUCUUAUUUCCUUUCCCAGCUCUUUUCUUUUCAGCACCUCACUGUACUACAUGAGAAGUUUUAACUCUGUCCCUCAGCUGCAGUUUGUGGCCUUUGUUUUUUGUUCCUGGUUUGUACUGUAAUUAAUUGAAUGCAGAACAACUUUCUAAUCCAAAAUGCCAAUAAAAUUUCCUUUAUGAUUUA